UCGGGAGAUCAGUGGCGAGCCUAGCGUGGCCCAGUCAAAGCCAACUGUGUCAAACGGUGCGGGCGUGCGAAAAAGUAGGCGCUGCGUUUCUCGUAGGUCAGUGCGUGCCAGAGUAAUUUAUUUGGGAAAGUAAUAUAAAAAAGAAGAGGUGCUGAAGGAGCGGUGCGUGACAGCAGAAUUCUUUGGGGUUCUUGAGGGACCUCAGUAGCUAGAUUUUUUGGCAGUGAUUGUUCAAGUGCAAGUGUCAACAGAAACACGGAUCAAAGAUUACGAAGAUCCUUUGGUGGCAUCUGGGCGGAAUCAAGCAAGUGGGUGGAAACGUUUUCGCUGUGUUUGUGCUUUGAAGAGUGGAAAAUGUAUGAGCGGUAAAAGGGGGAAGAAGCAUCCGGUCGGAAAGAUUGAAAUCGAUACUCAGGUGGAUGAUUGGAGUUGAAAACCACGCUCGACGAAGGUGUUGCACUGGAUUUUACGUGUGUUUGUUCGGCAGACUCCUUCUGGUGAAAUCAGACAGAAAGAAUGCGGAAAAUGUUGCAUCCGGGGCGUCUGAUGCCUGAUUGCGGAAGACUCAGAUCCGUCGUCGACAAAUAUCAGCUUUCGUUCGAACGAGAAAUCGAACCUUCCCUAAUGGACUAGAAGACACAGAAAAAGACGCAGGAAGAGACGGUAAAGACAGUCGGCGCAACUGGGUGGCAGAAAGAAAGGAAGUUCUACAAAUGGCAAAAAUAUACGUAGAAUAAUCUUCUCCGAAGCCAAGCGGCGGUUCAACGAAAUACUCUUCCGAAUUUAACAUCCAUAUAGCUGUUAUUUUGUACGACUAGUGUCUAUAUCGAAGCCCAAUCCAAAUAAUCAAAAAAAGAUGAAAAUCCUCGGUGGCUACAGUGUUGAGAAUCAAGAAUCUUCCAUCAUCCUUCGGUUAACUCGCAUACUCUACCGGCUCAUGAUGCUAAGCGCCUACGUGGACUACGUGGGUCAGGUGGAAGCCACAGCUGCAGCGGCUCCGGAUGGGCCACAACCUGUGGGAAUCAGUUUUGCUCCGCGGCCGGAGCAGGACAGGAAGUACGUGCUCACGAUGCAGCACUUUGGAAUCACAUCUUCACCGCUGUUCGGAAACCCUUCGGCAACCGGAGGAACCAGUGGUCCAAUGUCGUUUGGUUUUCCGCAGCUGCCACCGCCGGACAACAAGCCCUACUUUGACGACGUGAACCCGCGAAAUGUCACCACGGUGGUGGACGAUACGGCAGUGCUGAAGUGUCGCGUCAAACACAAGGGCAACCGAACGGUUUCCUGGAUGCGCAAACGGGAUCUGCACAUUCUGACGUCCGGCACUCACACCUAUACCGGGGAUCAGCGGUUCUCCGUGCACCAUCCGCCGGACUCGGACGACUGGGAUCUGAAGAUUUCGUAUGCUCAGCCACGGGAUAGCGGUAUCUAUGAGUGUCAGGUCAACACCGAGCCCAAGAUCAAUUUGGCCGUAUUUCUGCACGUGACAGCUGCCCGUGCCAUGAUCAUCGGCUCGCAGGAAGCUCACAUCCGCAAGGGCAGCACCAUCUCGCUAUCCUGUGUGGUCAACUUUCACGCCCCGUCAAUCACCUGGUACCACGGAACAACGAUUGUCAACUUUGACUCGGCACGCGGAGGAAUCAGCUUGGAAACGGAGAAAACCGACGCCGGCACCAGCAGUCGACUGCUGCUGACCAAGGCCACCGUUAGCGACUCGGGCAAUUACACGUGCAUCCCAGCGGGGGCCAUCCCGGCCAGCGUCCAGGUGUACGUGCUGAACGGUGAGCAUCCCGCUGCGAUGCAAACAAGUGGCCAGAUGGCUCUGCGGUUGGGACCCUCCGGUUUGCAUUCGCUGGUGGUCGCCGUCGGUGGUGCAACGGUAGCUCUGCUUUCCACUUGGAUGCUGGCAAUUUACGGGCAAACUUUGACGACGGUUAGUGAAAUGCACCUCGGCAGCAGGUGAUCCUGUACAUAAUCAAAAGUGACGCGUGUGAGAACAUCGUAGACAAUUGUAAAUUUUAAGAGGAAAUAAAUUAAUGUUUUAAAAAUUGGA